AUGGCAAGGAUUCUGAGGAGCAACAGUGCGUCGGACAGCUCGCUGCCGCUGGACGAGAAGGAGGUCUUACGACGGCAAGUUGCAGAGCUCCGCACAAAGAACGCAGACUUGCAGAAUCAGCUCAUGCUUGCCACGGCGAAGGCCAACGGUGCGCAGCCCGACGACCGCUAUAGGAUCGAGCAACUUAUGGCUCAGGUGGAGAUGGAGAAGAGGCGUUCUGAAGACAACUGUCAGCAAAUCCUGAUGUUGCAAGAGUCUCUGCGAUCUUUGGGCAAGGACUGCAUCAACAACGUUGGCGGGAGGGAAUGUCAGACCGACUAUGACCCUCGCCCGUCUCUCCUGGAACGAUUUGUGGUUGAUAUCAGGUGGGCUCUGAACCAGGAGCAGAUCCAGAAGUUGGGGCAGGAGAUCUUGUGGGAGAUCAGAGCAAGGAAGAACGAGAUGACGGCCCUGCAGUCGCAGCUCCGUAUCGCCACUUCCCUCAACGACGCUCUCUCGACUCAGCUCGAGGAGGGAACAGCAAGAGUCAUGGACGCCAAUUCAUCCGUCCAGUCUGUGGACAACGAGGCAGAGAUCGCCAUCUGGAGGGACAGAGUUCGCAGCCUCGAGGAGGCUCUCCAGCAGAGGGAGGAGGAUCUCAAACUGGCGAGGUCGCAGCUGGACGGGGAGAGAGUAAGGCUGCAGACCUUUAUCCAGACGUUCGAGAUGCGAUCGUCAGACGCGAGAGUAACUGAGCUGGAGGGAGAGCUGGCGGCGGCUCGCUCGCAGCUUCAAGCCCUUCAGAGGGAGGUUGACUCUCAUCGGCUGAGGUAG